UUCUAUUUUAGUUUAAUUAUCAAUUGUUUAUCUUUAAUCUAAUAUUGAUGCUGUCGAAGAAAUCAUCAGAGAAAUUACCAGAACAGAAAAUUACCAUUAUGGAUCGCAUAGCUUUGCAGAGACGAUUUCUUUUUAUAAAACGAAUAUUUAAAGUUAAGCAUAUGGAUUUUGAGUUUGCCCUUUGGCAAAUGCUUUAUCUUUUUGUAUCACCAAAAAGAGUAUAUCGAAACUUUUCCUAUCAUCAAGAGACAAAAAGGCAAUGGUCAAGAGACGAUCCAGCUUUUUUAGUGCUUUUAAGUGCUUGGUUGUUUGUUUCAUCAUCUAUAUUUUCAGUUGCAUUAAGUCUUAGUUUUACUGGAUUUUUGAAAUUGUUAUUUUGGGUUAUAUUUGUAGACUGCAUUGGAUUUGGCUUGUUAGUUGCAGGGAUUUUAUCAGUUUUUGUAAACAGAUAUCUUCGAUUUCCUGGUGGUAUAAAACAACAGGAAAGGAUUGAAUUUGGAUACGCAUUUGAUGUGCAUCUAAAUGCUUUUUUCCCAUUAUUACUAAUUCUGCAUGUUGUUCAGCUAAUUUAUUUUUUAUUCAGUGAAAACAGUUUUAUGGCAAGAUUUAUUGGAAACACUAUUUGGCUAAUUGCUUUGUUUUAUUAUUUCUAUAUAACAUUUCUUGGGUAUAGCUGUUUACCGUUUCUUCGUGGUACCGUAACAUUGUUGUUUCCAGUAAUUUUGGUAUCUAUAUUUUAUUUUAUCUCCUUAUUUUUUCCAGCUCUUAAUUUCAGUCAUAUGUUGAUAGACUUUUAUCGAUAUAGAGUAUCUCAUUAUGCAUUAUAAUAUGAUGAAAUAUUUUUGAAGUACUUUUGAUAUAAAAAGUUUUUCUGAACAAAUUUAAUUUUCAAAAGUAUAUUCAAUAAUCAUGAUUUUUCAUUUUUUUUGAGUUUUAUUUUGACUUUUUUUGUUGUUUUUAAAAAACCAUUUUCUGAAUUUUCUCUAUAUUUAUAUUUUUUGGAAAUCACAUAUGUUGUCUUAAUUUUCAUUUGUAUAUAAUCCUUGUAUUCAAGUUAUGUUAUGAGGAAAAUUUGGUUCACGUAAACCAGCUACAUCAAAA